GUUCAGCCAUGAAAAUCCUGAUGGUAGUGAGCGCUGUCCUGGGCGUUGCGGCUGCCCAGAACGCCCUGCCCUACAGCGGCCUGGCCUACUCGGUGCAACCGGACGCGGCCAGAUACUGGACCAACUUAGCCGCCCCUUAUGUCAAAUACGCUACUACCAUCUAUAAGGACAUCGCUGCCAACGUCCCGGCAGGUGUCCGCCUCCCGGACGAUGGUUUCAGCACCAAGUUCGACGGCAAAAUCCCCGUCUUUCCUAUCGAGGGCUCGUUUAGUUACGUGGACCUCAAUGGUGUAAAACAGACGGUCGACUACGUUGUGGACGAGUCCGGCUACCGCGUGUCUGGCACCAACCUGCCGGCGGCUGCCGUCACCGACGUGAAGACGCCCGCCGACGCUGCUGCUACCAAGAACGGCUACCGCAAGUAACACAGCACUCUACCGAUCGGCGAUACCCCUGAGGUGUCCACCGCCAAUGCUGAACACGCCCGUCCGUACAACGCAGCUGCUCUCGGUGUCUACCCUCAGACGUACGCUGCCUCCGGCGCUUCCGUCACGUUCCAGGGCACGUACGG